AUCUGCUUUUUCUCUCGAACAUUUUUUUAACCACCACCAACAAUUAAUUUCAAGACACUUGAAAAUACCACCUCCCCUCAAAAUAAAACUAUCCCGGCGAGCAUCUUCUAUUCUGUAGAAGAACGAUCGCGGCAGGAAUAGUCCCUCGAUAACUUUUUACAGAAGUAUCGAUCCCUUUUACCAGAAUUGUACAGUUAUAGUUCUUCAGAAACUGUAACGACAAAUUCUCCCAUUCAUUCACCCACCCGAAAAGAGAGGGCGAUACCUAUCCCAUCUUCGCACUUUUUUUUGAGAGCGAUUAAUUUCUGCCCACUCAGGAAGAAAACACUUAAAUCCUCUCCACUCAACCUUUUUUAUCAUCGAUUAAUUCGAAUAGAAAAAAGAGUCUUUCUCUUAUUAAUAGAUUUCGAUUCAAAUUCUAUCGACACAUCUGCGAAGGAAGAUAACUCGUCAUCCAAGUCCUAUCGCGAUAACGUCAUACAAAAUAGUUCAAAUCCCUUCUUCCCACGAAAAAAAGAUCCGAGGUCACCUUCGACAAACAGUUCACUCUAUGACUUCCGUUCCUCAAACUUCUCAAAACCAAAGCCAGGCCUCAAACACCAACAGCGCGUCGCAAUCGACCCAGUCGUACGCUUCUACCGCAAAGAAGGCUGUCUCGUCGCCACCUAUCGCGACGAGCUCCUCGACUCCCUCACCCGCCGUGGCUGUCGGAGGCUCUGCGCCGGUACAGCAACAUGGAAAAUCAUCCUCUAUCUCACCGGUGAACGGUAGAGCUUCGAUUCCUCCCGCUGUACCGGCAGUUUCUGCACCUGCUAUCGCCCAUAGCAGCUCUGCAAUUAAUGGUGGUUCGACUGACCACAGCCGUAAGAGUUCGGUUACAAUCAGCGCAAAUGGUCCCGCAGGUUAUGUUCCUAAUGGAGGUCCAGUAGGUGGUUCAAGAGGUGGCAUUCAGUUCGGAUCAGUUAUGGAUUCUCCUGCUGCUACCCACAGCAUCCCACAGAUCUCCCAACCGGCUUCAGCACCAAUUCCCAUUCCAGGAAACAACCCAAGAGUAAUUUCGCCCGCCAAUUCACCAUCUCCUAUCCCUCAACCAGCCGCAAGUGGUGGAAGACCUCCUUCCGGAAUCCAGCAAGGCAACAUGACUUUUGGUAGUUUGGGUAACGAUGGUGACGUUAGUAUUAAUUCCACUCAACUCCAGCGAACAUACACUAACUUUCUUUCUCUUGUAGCGACACAUGCGACAAGCAUCCUCCCAAGGGCCCCUAGCACCUAACAGUCAGGCAGGUGGCCACCUUCGUCGUGAAUCAUCGCAUUCGGCACAAAGUGACAACAAUCAAGGUCCCGGAGCAAGUCGUGGAGGUUAUCAACAAGGUGGCGGACGUGGUCGUGGCGGAUUUAAUCAACAAUACUCGGGUCAUUCUGGUUUCCCUCCCCAAAGUCAACCCCAAUUUAGAGGCAACCAAAAUGCGGGACGUGGUGGCAUGCCUCCUUUCCAAAAUCAAGGCCGUCCACAAUAUCAGAAUUCUCCCCACCAAGCUGCACGAAGCCCAGCCCUUUCCAACUCGAUUCCCAAUACACCAAACAUGAACCAGGCGAUGCCCAUGCAAAGCCCACAACAAUUCAACGCUCAUGCUGCGUACUACCAGCCGUCUCAUAUGGGAGGUCCUCCAGUACAAUCACCCUAUCAAUACCCGGUAAACCAAUGCCCUUCUUAUUCCAGCAAUUCUUUCUCCUUUCAAUCUUUCAAUCGUGGUGGUAGAGGCAAGAAGUGGUUUGAUAAGUCUUCAACCCAUUACCGAAAGCCUUCAACAGAACUUUUCGGUCACAACCUCACCUACAAUGAAGAGCCAUCCCUCCGUGGAGGUAACGGUCAAGGUAUUGCCAGAAAUAGAAAAGGAUCCAUGCAGUCGGAGCACCAGGAGAAUGGCUGUCCUGUUUCCAACCAACAGUCGGAUUUGCCAUCACCUCCAGCCAAGGAUUCAGUUAUCCCGAAGAAGCGUGCAGAUCUAAAUCCUACGGACCCAAGCCUCCCCCCUCUCCCUCCUGCUACUCCCUAUUUCAAUGUUUCUUCUGAUGUUUCAAAUAUUGAUUUUUCGCCAGCUUCUGGCAACUUUGACAAAUUUCUAACAGAUACACAGACUCACAAUGCAUAUGCUCAACCUUAUCCCGGUAUGAUGCCAAUGGGUGGUCCCCCAUCUUUCCAGUAUCCUCAAGUGGGUUACAUGCAUCCCGUCCCACCCCAAUCACCGCAGCCAGGUUACCAGCAACCCUAUAUUGCAGGUCAAUAUGCACAACAGGCACAACCUAUGUCACGCAAUUCUUCCCAGAUGUCCGAACAUCGACCAGCUUCGAGCAUGGGCCAGACGCAAACUCCUUCGAUGACACCUUCCACUUCACUUACACCGCAGCCAAAGCCCUCAACUCAAGCUUCCGCAUUCUCGAGGCCAGCUCGCAAGAGUGCAGCUAUCGUCAUUAAGAGACCUGAUGGCGACGUGUUGAAUGUUGACGCAAUCAAAGCACCUGCUUCUCCAGCUCCUAGCAGCAGAACUAGAACACCACCUGUCAUAGCUUCUUCCACACCAACACCUCCGCCGAAGUCUGCUACUCCUCAACAUGCUCGAGCUGAUAGCUUAGCUACAAAGUCUGCUGAAGAAAUUCGUCAAGAGAUGCAAGAGAAAGUGAAGAAAAUGGCAGCAGGUGGCGACAAGAUCGAUGAGGCCAAGAACGAGGAGGCCACAAAGGCUGCUGAAGCCGCGGCCGCUGCUGAGGCCAAAUUGAAGGAAGAAGAGAAAGCCAAGGAGUUGGCAAAGGCCGCGGAGGAGGCUAAGGCUAAGGAAGAGGCAGACGCUAAAGCUGCCGCCGAGAAGGCUAAGAAGGAAGCAGAAGAAGAACUUGAUCGACAAAUUGCCGAGAUGGAGGCCCUUGAAGCCGAAAGAGAGAAGAAAGAACAGGAGAUACUCGCCAAGCGCGCUGCCGAAAGAGCAAAGGAAGAGGCCGAGAAGGCUGAACGUGAGAAGGCCAAUGCGGCGGAGAAUGAUCGCAAACUCAGGGAGCAGGAGCGUGAGAUGGAACGUCUCGAAGAUGAGCGUGAGAAGAAGAGAGCAGAGGCGGACGCAAAGGCUAAAGGUGGUGAUUCUAAGAAGGAUGAGGAGACUCCCGAUACUCUCGCCACCAAGCUAUCAAAGGCUACCCUCGAAACCGACAGUGGUGCAUCGACUCCUACUUCCGACGACUCCAUGGGGCCGCCUCCUAAAUCAUUUGCUGCUGAGAAGCGGGGCAAACCUGCUGCACUCAACCUUGCACCUCUCAAUACCAAGCCUGUUGAACCACCUCAGCCUAGCGCAGCUCUUCAGUCACUUAAGUCUGCUCGCUUCUUGGCCGUGCUUGAUUCCUCCAUCUAUCCAGCCAACAUUAAUUCACCAAACCCUGCUUUGAACUCUGCCGUUAAUGCCAAGGGCAAGACUUUCAAGUAUGACAAAGAGUUUUUGCUCCAGUUCCAGAAGGUAUUCACCGAGAAGCCUUCCAUGGAAUUCGAGUCUCAAAUCAAGGCUCUUAUUGGGGAUGACCCAAGCUCCGCCAGACCCGGUGGAUCACAGAGAACACCUGGUGGCAUGGGCCCCAGAGGAUCAAACCGUGGUGGUGGAAAUGCCGUUGGUCAAUUUACCAUGGGUCAAUUUGGUGCUCAAGGUGGAAAGACUCUCCCACCAGGUACCACAAGUGCCGAGCGUUUCGCUAUGUCUCAAGGCAAUAUGCCACGACCAGCACUCAACCCUAUGGCUUCAUUCCAGCGCCCUGGUGGAGCUUUCCCGGGUGGAAAUUCUAUGCAACGAGCCAAUUCUACCAACUCUUCCAUGCCACAUUCCCCACGUCAAGCAAGCAGAUCCACUCGUGGUGGCAGCAAACGUGAAGGCGGUUACCAAGGCAGUAAUGCUAAGCAGGAGGCCCAAGCAGCCGCAAAGAUGCCUCUUACAAGCGGCAUGGACAUCAAGCCUAUUCAAACUUCUUCUACUGGUUGGAAACCACGCAGUAUCGGUCAAACCCAAUCAGCUACCGGUGCUGCUGGACCUGCUCCUGGGGCCGUUCCAGGCGCUGGCCAUAUGGAUCCUGACCUGGUCCAAAGAAAGGUCAAGGCAGCUUUGAACAAGAUGACUCCUGAAAAGUUCGACAAGAUCGCAGACCAAAUCUUAGCUAUCGCUGCACAAUCUAGAGACGAAGCAGAUGGACGCACAUUGCGACAGGUCAUCCAACUUACUUUUGAGAAGGCAACUGAUGAGGCUCACUGGGCUUCAAUGUAUGCCAAGUUCUGCAAGCGCAUGCUGGAGACCAUGAGCCCUGAUAUCAAGGACGAGAGCAUCGUGGAUAAGAAUGGUAACAUCGUUUCUGGUGGUAACCUUUUCAGAAAGUACUUGCUCAACAGAUGUCAAGAAGAGUUUGAAAGAGGUUGGAAGAUUGAUUUGCCGGAAAAACCAGAGGGCGAGCGUGAAGAUGCCAAGACCGAGGAAGCUGCUAUGCUUUCAGAUGAGUAUUAUAUCGCCGCAGCUGCUAAGAGACGUGGUCUUGGUCUUGUUCAAUUCAUUGGUGAGUUGUACAAGCUUAGCAUGCUUACGGAGCGUAUCAUGCAUGAAUGUGUCAAGAAACUCGUGGAUUACCAGGGUCUUCCUGACGAAGCUGAGAUUGAAUCUUUGACCAAACUCCUCAAGACCAUUGGUCUCAACCUUGACAGCACCGAGAAGGGUAGACCAUUGAUGGAUGUUUACUUCACUCGCAUUACUGCCAUGAUCGAAACACCCGAAUUGCCAAGUCGACUGAAGUUUAUGCUUAUGGAUAUCGUCGAUCUCCGUAAGAAGAGAUGGGCAUCAAAGGAAGCCAACAAGGGCCCCAAGACACUCGAAGAAGUUAGAGCAGAGGUAAGGAUUCUAAAAAAUCUGGUAAUGAUCAUUCAUAUACUAAUUAAUUAUAGGCCGAGGCUGCUGCGGCACAAAAGGCUGCCGAGAACUCGAGGAGUCAAAGAGGAGGUGGUGGUGGACGCUUGCAAAUGGGUCGUGGUGAUGGAAGAAAUUUCUCCGGUGGAUAUGGAAACCAACCUCCUCCCGAUUACCAGAAAAACACUGUUGGUAUGGAUGACCUUCGUCGUCUUACAAACAAAGGUGGUGCAAACCGACAGGCCAGCCAACAGAUGUCAUUUGGACCCACGUCUAUGUUCAAUUCAAGAAGCAACAGUGGUCGAAAGAUGGGUCCAGGCGGUUCCUUGAGUAGAACAGGUGAAGACUCGGGAGCUUCAUCAAGAACGGGGACACCCCCACAAGACAAGGAUAGGAAAUCAGCUACUUCCGCAAAUGCAUUUAGGUUCGUGUAUUCCAUAUUAGCAAUUAAUUGAUCAUCAACUAACUAUUUACUAGUCUACUUGCAGGAUUAGGAUCUGGCGAGACCGAGAAUCCGGCAUCUCCUCCUUCUACCCAUACUUCUCCAGUGUUGUCAAAAUCUACAGCAGCUUCUGACAAGAAGGAGGGUGAUGCUUAAAUCAUUGAGCAUUAACAAAGUGUUUCAUACAACGGAGCAUUCUAAUUUCUGUGCAUAGACGGCGGGCUAAUCUUGCAUUUACGGCGGGGCCUAUUUCAAAACGGGUGUCUAAAAAGUUCCUCAUUCUGUUCUCUAUGAUACCUCAGAUUUCACCCAUUAGACUACAUUCCGUUAUCACCAGAUCUUGUUUUCGGUCAUCUUUCUAAUGCAUUAUCCGGUAUUUGGUGCGUGGGGUAAAAUAGGGUGCUUUCUAUCUGCAAUUUUCUUUGGCUGGCGGGGGUUGGAUUUGGACGGCGGCAUGGUUGGCUGCCGAUCAUGACACGACCUCUAAAAGCUUUUCUUUCUUCUGUCCAUAAUUUUCCGUCUUUACGUGGCUCUAAUGAUCGAUGACCGGCUUGCUUUAGUGAAUCCAUACGAAUGGUCUACGAAUGUUAUGCUACAACUAUUUUCCGUUUUUGUUAUUUUUGCAUUGGCGCCAUUACGACUUGAUAGCCUGAUGUCCACCUCACGAAAGAAGGCAUGGGGCUUUAUGGUCGCGCAAUGGUAAUAAGUUUUUCUCUGGUAGCUUGGCUGGCUGAUGGUGGUUGAUCUCGAGUGCCACGGAGGAAUAGAACAUGGAAACUUGUUCUGUUCUAGAGGUGCAGACUAAAUCUAUUGUGAAAGCUGUGGAUUUGUGUUAAAAGGAGGUUGGGUGUCCCAGCUUGUGGGGAGGAAUGCAGGAUGCUCGGAAAACCUUAUUGUACAAUUAUAAUCUUCUUUUUGUCAUUGGUUUUUUGCUUCUUUUCUUUUUCAUUAUGCCAGCCGGCUUCAGGUGGUAGAAAACUUAUGAAACUGAUUCAAAUUAUC